CUAACAAACGAGUUUAAGGUUAUCAUCAAGAUGGGGGCUUAUCAAAGUUCAUUUAUAGAUGACGAAUCCGUGAAACAGAACCGGGUCGAUUUUUUCCUCAAUGGAAAACCACACCAUGUGAAUUUGAACCAUGAUUCUAACAUAACUGCGGAAUCUCGACUGGUGGAUUUUAUCCGGGAUCAGGCCGGACUUAAGGGGACCAAAUUCAUGUGUCGGGAAGGAGGUUGUGGGGCUUGUGUUGUAACGGUGAAAUCGAAGGAUCCAUUGACAGGGGCGGAUUUCAUUCGUGCCGUCAAUUCGUGUCUGGUCCCCGUAUUUUGCGCGGAUGGUUGGGACAUCACGACAAUUGAGGGGCUCGGUGAUCGGGUCAAAGGUUAUCACAAGAUUCAGGACCAAGUCGUCAAAUUCAAUGCGUCGCAAUGUGGGUAUUGUACUCCCGGAAUGAUUAUGAACUUUCACAGUUUAACGCAGAGCAACCCAUCGUUUAAAAUGGAGCAAGUGGAGGACGCGUUUGAUGGGAAUAUUUGCCGGUGUACGGGAUAUCGCCCUAUUUUGGAUGCGUUUAAAGCCAUGAGUGGAAAUGCGUCGGAGGAAUUGAAGAGAAAAAUGGCACAGCCUGAAUCCACAAAAUGUCCGUGUUCAGGGAUGACGUGCUGCCAACAAAUUAAUCCACCCGAAAUUUCUGAAUUGACUGAAAAAUUUGAAAAUUGUUCAAUGGAAGAGACCAAAUUAUAUCUAAAUUUAAAAUCUGGCGAAAAAUGGAUCCGUGCCACAAAUUUGGUCACUCUUUUCGAAGUGGUACAACAUUUCGUCACUUCCGGGACGAAUUAUCGGAUCAUUGCUGGAAAUACGGGAACAGGCGUUUACAAGAACGACGGCCCUUACCAAGCUUAUCUGGACAUAAGUUCGGUCCCAGAAUUGAAAAAUGCCGUCCUCAGCGCCACCACGGGGGUGCAAAUUGGCGCCGGAGUGACGCUCUUCCACGCAAUCGAUCACUUCCAAAAGGCCUCCGAACUGCCCGGAUAUUUCUACAUGGCUCAAAUAUCCAAACAUUUAAAAAGAGUGGCAAACACGCCGAUUCGAAAUGCCGCCACACUGGGAGGAAAUCUGAUGUUGAAACAUUUCCAUGCCGAUUUUCCAUCCGACGUUUUCGUCCUCUUGGACUGCGUGGGGGCCAAGGUGCUAAUUGCCUCCUCGCCCACCGUGUCGCGAGAAUAUUCCAUCACGGAGUUUAAAGCGAUGGGGAUGAACGGGAAGAUUAUCCUUUCCAUCAAUUUCCCACCUUAUCGGGGCGGCAACUACUACUUUAAGAGCUUCAAGAUAGGCCGACGUCUCCAAAAUGCGCAUGCCUACGUGAACUGCGCCAUCCUCAUGAAAGUGGAUACCAACAGGAAUUUCAGCGUUCGGGACAAGCCUUCGAUCGUUUUUGGGGGAAUUUCUCCAGAUUUUAGCCACGCGGUCAACACGGAAAUUUACUUUGUUGGUAAAUUCCUGAACCAAAAAACCAUUUCGGGAGCGAUAGAAUCUUUGCAGAGGGAGGUCCAGCCGACCUCUGGGGGGGUCGAGGCAGACCCAAAAUAUAGAAAAAUCCUGACACAAGCGCUGCUCUACAAGUUUAUCCUGGGGAUACUGGGGGAUUCCGUGUCCCCCCGGGUUCAGAGUGGGGCACGUGACAUUGAUCGCUACUUGAUGCAAGGGAAACAAGAUUUCGAUACGAGUGACACCUCCGAGUGGCCCUUGUAUCAACCAAUUUCUAAAAUUGAGGGGAAAGUGCAAGCCUCAGGUGAAGCGGAAUACGUGAACGAUAUGGAGUCCCGUUUCGGCGAAUUAUUCGGAGCUUUUGUCGUAACAAGUGUGGCGAAUGCUAAAAUUCAGCGGGUCGAUGCGUCCGAAGCUCUCUUAAUCCCCGGCGUGGAAAGAUUCAUUCAAGCCAAAGAUGUCCCGGGAAUCAAUAAUGCCGCAAUUUUCUACCCGGAAGCCGAAGAGAUUUUCAUUUCCGAACGAGUAACCCACGCGGGACAAGCGGUCGGACUAAUUCUUGCGGAAAGUCGCGAAAUUGCGGUCUUAGCGGCGAAAAAGGUGUCCGUUUUGUACACGGACGUGAAAAAGCCGAUUCUCACGGUGAAGGAGUCCCUCCGCCUGGCGAGGGAUGAGGGUCGCAUGGAGGACUGGAUUCUGAACAGGACAAUGUCCUCAGGAGGACAAGAAGAACAUGUCGCUGUGGGGGGGACGAUGAUCCGGGGGGAAUUUCAGAUCGGGAGUCAGUACCACUUCCACAUGGAGACGCAGACUUGUCUCUGUAUUCCGAAGGAGGACGGGAUGGAUGUCUUUUCAGCGUCCCAAUUUCCCCACGGGGUUCAGGCCAUUGUUGCAAUCGCGUUGGGCGUGCCGAUUCAUAGCAUUUCCGUCUCGAUCCGGCGUCUUGGGGGUGCGUACGGGGCAAAAAUUUCCAAAGCUACAAAUGUCGCGACGGCAUGCGCGGUAGCGGCGAAAGUGACGAAUCGACCGGUCCGCGUCGUCCUGGAUUUGGAAACCAAUAUGAAAAUGAUCGGGAAGAGGUUACCCUACCUGGCGAAAUAUGAGGUUGGAGUGGACAAAGACGGCAAAAUCAUGAGCUUAAAAUGCGACAUUUUCUGUGACCCUGGAUCCGUUGGGAAUGAAGCGACAUCGUUUCUGGCAGUUUUCAACUUACAAAACUGUUAUCGGGCCACCGGAUGGGAUGCAACUUCCGGAAAAGCGAUUACAAACACGCAUCCAAACACGUAUUGCAGAGCACCAGGGUCCACGCAAGGAAUCGCGAUAAUCGAGAAUAUCAUGGAGCACAUCGCUUCCGCCGUGAAUCUCGACCCUUUGCAGGUCCGCAUGAAUAACUUGAUUUCCAAUGGCGACGCUAUAUUUGGGAUUCCAGGGUUAAAAUUUAAGGGAGAAAAUCCCGUCCAGAAAAUGAUUCAAGAUUUAAAAACGUCUUCCGCCUUCGAUGAGAGGAAACCUUUCGUGGACAAUUUUAACAAGAACAAUCGUUGGAAAAAGCGAGGACUUUCCAUCGUUCCGAUGCGAUAUCCGAACGUGUAUCCUGAUAUCGUUUUACGAUUUCCGGUCUACAUUGCGGUUUAUGCGGCCGAUGGAACGGUGAAUGUGUCGCAUGCAGGGAUCGAAAUGGGACAAGGAAUUAACACCAAGUGUGCACAAGUUGUCGCUCACGAGUUGAACAUUCCCAUCGAAAAGGUCAAGAUUGAACCAACGUCAACCCUCAUUUCACCAAAUGGAGGCAUUACCGGUGGUGCAAUUACGAGCGAGCUUGUUUGUCAUGCUGCGGUACAAUGCUGUAAACAACUCUUGGCGAAAAUGGCCCCUGUUAAGGCCACCUUGGACAACCCGACUUGGGAGGAGACGGCGAUGGCGUGUUAUAAAGCGCACGUGCUCCUAACAGCACAUCAUCAAGAUAAGCUUGACGACGUCCAACCCUACGAUAUCUGGGGGGUGACAUUGACCGAAGUGGAGCUUGACGUGUUGACAGGGGAAUUUAAAAUCGUACGAGUCGAUUUGAUCGAGGAUGCGGGUAAAAGUAUAAGUCCGAACGUGGACAUUGGUCAGAUUGAGGGUGCCUUCGUGAUGGGGUUGGGGCUAUGGACGACGGAAAAAUUGACGUAUGACGAGACAACGGGGGAGUUGAUGACGCACAAUACUUGGAAUUACAAACCACCGCUCCCACGCGACAUUCCGGAAGACUUCAGGAUCACGAUGGUGCGAAAUAGAGCAAAUCCGUAUGGCGUUUUAGGAUCGAAAGCAACUGGAGAAGCACCACUCACGAUGAGCGUCAGCGUGCUUUUUGCCCUACGAUAUGCCUUAAACUCGGCGAGGAUGGAUGCCGGAAGUACGGAAUGGUAUCAAAUGGAUGCUCCCGUCACUCCAGAAGAGCUUCAAGCAUUCGCAUUGACGUCAAAAGAUAACUUCAUCAUUUAAAUGGAGAUACGUUAAUUAGUCAUUAGUAGUGAUGUUAAACAUAUAUUAACGGGGUAUUUUAAAUAAAUUCGUAAUUGGUAAUCGUUAA